AUGUCCACUUCUCUCGUCGUACAAAACUUUGUUCAGCCCGUCGCAUACCCCGCCUUACAACCAGGGGAAGAUGCAGAAGCGCGUGCCCAAAUCAUCAUGCAGCGCGAGAAGCCGGCGAGGAAACAGGUCAAGCCUGGUCAGGUGGAGAAGAGCAUCCCUGAGCAGUCGGGGAAGGAGUACAACAUUUGGUAUAACAAGUGGGCUGGAGGGGACAGGGAGGACAACUACUCAAAUAAAACGAAGAGCCAAACACGCUGCCACAUCAAGCGCGAUUCCGGCUGGACACGGGGUGAUAUCACCGGCCAGCGCUACCUCUGUCUCUUCUUCUCACGUGGCUGUUGUCCCUACGGGUAUGAAUGCGCUUAUCUCCACCGGCUGCCUUCGGAAGACACUAGCAUUCCCGACCCGUCGCUCGACUGUUUUGCACGCAACAAGUUUGCGGAUUACAGAGAUGACAUGGGUGGUGUAGGAAGCUUCAAUAGGCAGAAUAGGACGCUGUAUAUCGGCAGGAUCAAAGAGACUGGUCCCGGAACGGAAACGGAGGAGAUCGUCAUUAGGCAUUUUAAGGAAUGGGGACAGAUCGAAAAGGUCCGCGUCCUCCAACACCGUUCCGUCGCAUUUGUGACCUAUGUCUCCGAGUUCAAUGCACAAUUUGCAAAAGAGGCAAUGGCCUGCCAAUCACUGGACAACGACGAGAUCCUCAACGUACGAUGGGCGACCGAGGACCCCAACCCGACAUCCAAAGUGCUCGAAAUCCAGCGGCUGGAGGACAUUGGACAGCGGGCAAUCGCAGAAAAGAUGGACGAUAGGGUCGUCGAGGCGGUGAGGGCGGUGAAGAUGCUGGAGGACGCUAGUCGGCCGGAGGGAGAACCAGAGGAGGCGGAGAACGAGGAGCUGAAAUACCUUUUGCCAGAGGAGAUACUGGCCGAUGAGAUGCAGGCGGAUAUGAACAGGCGAGAGGCGGAGAAACGAACUGCGGACGAACUUGAUGAGGAGGAUGAAGAUGAGCCACCGGCAAAACGAGCAAAGACAGUUUCUUCUGCACCGACUGUACCGUCUCAGGCACCCCCACAAGCAGUUUCAACAACAAAAGCAGUACCAGAAACCCGACCUCCUGAGCCCCCCGUUCUGCCAGCAGCCAAGGGCCUCCUUAGUGCUGAGACGAUGCAAGGCCUGAAAUACUUUGCAGAAAUCCGAGCACGACAGCAAGCUGAGGCUGGAUCUUCCAAACCGGCUGCAGCGCCGGCUAAGCCGGGACUUGGACUGGGGUUGGAGUACGGGAGCGACGACGACGACGACGAGUAG